AGUUGCCUUGCUCUUGUCUUGAUCCUCUUCAUCCUGGCACAUGGCUGAGUUCGCGAAGGAGGCCGGUGGAGAGCUGUUCUCGUAUAAUCGAGAGAACUGGAAAUUCAACAAUGAGCUGCGACAGAAGAAUCUCUACCAGCAGCAGAAGAUGCGUGUUAGGCAAGUUGACCUUUACCGAGAGGAUCUUCAUGACUUAUUCGGCCUUACUAUAGGAAAGAUGGACAACUACGCGACCGUGAGUGUUAUCCUGUUAAUCUGGUGCAUUGAGAUGUUCUACAAAGGACGUAUACCAUCACCGACGCAGAACUUUCUGUUCUGGGCUUACGCGAUAUCGCUUGGCACGUCGAUCAUAUUCCUCCUGUUCUCACUCUGGUUCGCCCUACAUGCUUCUGUGAACGCGCAAGUGUUCUCCGUCCGUGCACUCACCCAAUGGUUGAGGCUUCCAGUCCCAAGUGCUCAGGAGAUUGCAGAUGCUGCUUCCCGACUGAAGGAUUAUGAAUCCAGUGGUGUCGUGUCGAUGCUCCGUGUGCCUAUUGUGUUCGAGCAAGGGCGAAAGUAUGGUCAUGAUAUCCCCAAGGAGUUGAGGACACAACCUUCGAGUUUGGCAAACAAAAACAGACCCAACAGGGGCGUGGCUGAUUUGACCACGGAUUGGGAGGUAUUCCUGGCGCAUUUCAACCUCUUUAACAUGAUGCACAAGAAGUGGCAGUGCCACGAGGCGUUUGCCAGGGUCUGCAUGUGUUGGGGCACUAAUCAGUUGCUCACUGCAAUGUCCUACUUCUCAUUGGCAUACUAUGGAGUGUUCUUCAACCAACCAUGGGCCGCUUAUGCUUAUACUAUAUGUUGCUUCACUGCUGCAUAUAUCCAUAUGCAGAUCAAUGCCCUCCUUACCCCUCGGGAGAAUAUGGUCAUGCUCUUUCUGUUGUUCGUACCACUCGCCCUUCAAUCUAUCGAUACUGCUUUGUAUAUCAAUGAAGUGCAGAAGGAGGAUACCUAUGCUAUCACGGAGUUCGGUGGAGCAAUCACUGGCCUUGUGGCCGUCAUAUUGGCUGGAGGCUGGCAGGCUUUCUUCAUUUACCUGUGCAAACCUGAUGCCAAGGGGUUGCCCGUGAAGUUCUCUACAGUGUGGUGCAUUGACGUUAUGGGCUUUGGUGUUGAGACCAUGGAGGAGGUCGCUGAGCCCUUGGCCCAGCCUAAGCAUAUGCAAGCUGGGCAUUUGAACCUACCCAGUUUCCCUGACGACGGUCCGCUCAAUACCUAUGGUCCGGUCAGCGACAAGAUCAACUUCGAGAAUCCUAAGAAGGGGUAUCAUCCUGACAUCUCUGAGGAUCUUCGAAAGCAGUGCACGGCGACCGAGCGAAGUCUGGGAAGGCUCUUCAGGCAUUGGGAAAUGGAAAAGGAGCAGAAGCACCUCAGCGAUAGUGAGCUUCGGGAGCUGGAGCAUUUGAAGAGCGAGUUUGUGACCCAACGAAAGGCCCUAGCGGGUGCCGUCCGAGCUGAGCAAGGCCGAGGUGACUGCACCCCUGGUACUCCAUUCCAGCCUAGAGAGGGUUGGAUUAGAUUGGAGUACGUCGAUGAGGACGGUCAGACUAUGCCUUAUCAUCUCAACUGUGAGACUGGCGAGGUCCAGUGGGAGAUGCCGGAUGAAGCAUUGCAGAGUCGAGCUCGAGGCCUCUCCUUGAUUCCGGAGGAGCUCGAUACGUAUGAGCAGAAGGUGAAGGCCUAUAAGGAGGUCCAGAAAACUAAGGGCUUCCACUUGCUCGAGGAUAACCGCUUCAAUGAGGCACGGUCUAGGAUGCCCUUGAGGAUGACCAACUUUGGCAGUCUGGUUUCCCUCUUCUGCUGGUGUGGAGCGAUAGUGGACACAGCUCUGGAAGUGGCGAAGAUAGAUACCACUGGUGAUCGCAACGCUGCUGUGAGGGAGGGCAUUAACCGUCAUUUGGUGGCCUCACCGGUGUCCUACGGCACUCCAGCUCUGCUUGAUAGUGCUACCUUCUACUCCCCCACGUCUAUUGCUUGUCGUCCUGGUAGUGAGAUCUACACAGCUGAUUUGUUGGGCUCGAGACUCCUUAGCUCUGCAGUCACUCGUAAGUGUGGUCUCACUAACUCCAUCAUUGAUGAUGUAUUCAUCCUGGAGAAUGGCGAACUCGGUGCUUUGUCGAGUGGGAAGGUCAUACAGUGUGCUACUGGGGAGGAGGUAGUAGCAUUGGGUGAGUCCGCACCCCAGCCUAGACUUAUAGCGCAGUCCGCGACAGGGGCCUGGGUUGCCAUAGCUCGUGAGGAUGGCCAGAUCUACUUCAACAAUGGUAGGACCUCUCAGUGGUAUCCUGGCGUAUCGCGGUACGCCGAUGCGUUGUCUGUUCAUACGGCGGGGGAUAAUGCUUAUAUACUCCUCCCGAACUCUGAGGUAGAUGCAUGGUCUAUGGUUUCUGGAAGGCUAGUAGGCCGAGCUGAGAUUCCUGGUACGGAGGGCGCUGACAUAGAGUGGGUGUCGGCCUGUGAUGGUUCCCUGUUGGGUUAUGACAAGCACACUAGCGAAGCGGUGGUCGCCCGGGACUUCUCGAUAGAUCCACAGCUUAUUCAGAAGGUAACUGUAGAGAGCGAAUGA